AUGUCACAGAAAACGAAAUCUGUAUGUCUUUGUUUUGGCUUAAUCACCUCAGUGGUAAUAUUAACUAUAUUCGCACUUAUUGGCAUAACGGGAACAGCACUAUAUGUUCCAGCAAAGCGCGAUGAAUCAACUUAUCAACUCACAAUGUGUUUUGUUAAGGGCUAUCGACUUGUGCAAAAAACAUGUUCAAGUCAAUCAUGCACUGGCUCUGGAGCAACUUAUAGAUGCACAACGAGCUACUUUUCAUGUGAUCAACAGUUCUAUACUGUUUCAUACAAUAUAUCGAGUGGAACGACAGUCGAAACUACAUUUGAGGCAUCGGAUGGUCCUGGAUCGAAUUCGGUCAAUCAAACGUAUCCAUGCUACUAUGACAGCACAAGUGAAACAUCAGUUCGAUGGCAAUGGAAUACUUCGUAUAGAUAUCUGGUUAUGUUAUGUGUGGGAUGGUCAGGUGUUGGGGUGUUCGGAAUAUUAACUAUUGGUUUAAUUAUUGGCAUAUGUUAUAGGAAAUCUUAA